GGCCCACCCUAUUCCCUGACCACCGUUGAAAAAGGCGGGGGCCAACAUGUAUCCCCUUAAUUGUGAGAGGGCAGCUAUGCCGGCAGGGGUCCCCUGUAUAGGAGUAGUAGUAGUGGUUGAAAUGAACAAGCAUGACUUGGAGGCUGUGCCGAUGACUGCAACUCCAGACAGGCGGCAUUUAGCCUUGGCUGUGCCUGACCUGAUGGAAAGACGACCAUCUGUUCGCGUUGCCGAUGUAGUGGAAGUCACCUACAGUAGCAGUGCGCAAUCGGAAUCGGGCAUGCCGGUCCCUAAUGGGGUCAAGUAUCGAGGUUACGUGGCAGUGGUCAGAAAGGACGAUAUCCUCGUUCACGUCCCCCAAGAGCUGCAGUCGAAUCAUAGAGACAAUGAGAGUCUGUAUGACGUCCGAUUUUUUCUGGGAAGAGUUAUGGAAAAGCGGAAGCAUCAUGCUCUUCAUCUCCUCGAAUCUCAAGUGGAGUGGCUGUUCCCAUCGCCUCUGGGGAUGGGAGAGGUCUCUAGGAUCCUCCUGUCUGUGAGUCCGAAAGUGCUCAAGAGUGCUGUGGAAGAUUCGUCGAAUGUGGGCCCUUUACUGAACGAGGAGCAGGGGAAGGCGUUCCAGGACAUCAUCCGAUUGACGGAGUUGUCGAUCGGAGGAGGAGGAAAAGCGAAGUCCAAAGGAAGAGCAGUACCGCCUCCUUACAUACUCCAUGGUCCGCCUGGGACGGGGAAGACGACGACCAUCGUGAAGGCUAUCUGUUACAUUUACAAGCGGUAUCCGUCGUCUCGGAUCCUUGCUUGCGCUGCCACGAACAGCGCGGCGGACUCGUUGUUGCUCGGUCUGGUCGGGUGUGGCAUUACCAGCAUCUUGCGUCUGAACGCCCACACUCGUCCGCUCGACGGUUUGAACCCUGUGCCGGAGGAGGUGAUGAGGUACUCCAACCGACACUCGGGAGGCGGAUUCCAAACCCCGACUCGUGAGGAGUUCUUGGGGCACAGGGUGGUGGUGUCGACCAGUUGUUCCGCGAGUGGCGUUUGGCAAGCGGGCAUGGAGGCGGAGCUGUACAGCCACGUCUUUGUCGACGAGGCGAGCAGCAUGGUCGAGCCCGAGUGCUUGAUCCCCAUUGCCUGCUGUCUUCACCCACAGUCGGUUGUCGUGCUCGCGGGAGACCCGCAGCAGCUGGGGCCUGUCGUGCACUGUCUUCUGUGCAAAGGAAUGGAUGGAAGUGGUCGGGGGGGUGGACUGGAAAUGUCGCUGCUCGAACGGCUGAUGACGUCGGAGCCGUCGAAAUCUAUCUACAUGAAUGGGCUUGCACAAGACGGUGGUUGCGGUCCAGUUCCGCGGUUCUUUGCUACGAAGCUCGUCAGGAACUACAGGUCGCAUCGCGCGAUCCUCGAGCUCCCCUCCCGGUUGUUCUACAACAACGAGCUCGUGGCCGAGUCGAACGUGCAGCUGACCUCCUCGCUUUGUCGUUGGGCCGAGCUUCCCAACAAGAACGAGUUUCCAAUCCUCUUCCAUGCCGUGGACGGGACCGCCAUGCGAGACGAAGGCAGCCCUUCCUUCUUUAAUGCCGAGGAGUGCGCUCAAGUGGUCCGUUACGUGGAGAAGUUGCUCGCCGACCAGACGCUGGGGCUUCGGUCUGCCGAGAUUGGGGUUGUUGCUCCCUAUCGCAGGCAAGUGCAGAAGCUGCAGCAUCACCUCCACAACAAGUUGCAGUUUGACGAUAUCAAAGUUGGGUCGGUCGAAGAGUUUCAAGGCCAGGAACGGAGGGUGAUAAUCCUUACGACGGUCCGAUCCGACCCCGCAUUCGUCCAAGACGAGUACACGCAGAACAUCGGAUUUAUCAAGAACCCCAAGCGCCUCAAUGUGGCCAUUACGAGGGCGAUGCACCUUCUGAUAAUCGUGGGAAAUCCGAAAGCCCUGAAGCCGGAUGCGAAUUGGCGGAAGUUAUUGGAGUACUGUGUCGACAAUCAUGCCUAUGUUGGAUGCCCUCUGGCGGAGCAGCAGCUGUGAUGUACACAACUAUUUCGUGUGACCAAAGGCUUUUCCAUGCCUGCGGGCUGUAUACUUAACGAGUUCACUUAACGAGUUCUGUACACUAUGAGUAGUUGGUGCCUGUGUCGUUCGUCGGACGAGGGCCGGUGUGAAGUAAAUGUAGGUCACGUGU